AUGAUUGGUGUGGAACAGACUCAAAAUGUGGACAAGUAUUACAGUGCGUGGUUUUCAUACAACACCCGACCUGUCACGCAAGUUAUUCGAUUUGAAGUGAAUGGGAAUUUGUUUGAGUUAGACAAGAGUGUCGUGACGAUGGAACGAGUAGAGAAGAGUGUAUUACAGUAUGUAUUAUUAAAGAAAAAGGACGAAGUGGAUAGAGGAGAUAUCAUACAUAUUCCUGGUAACAGAACUGAAGAAAAACAGUGGAAAAUAUACUUCAAUUAUAUCAGUGGAGAGUGUAUAUAUGAUAGACUCUUUUCUUUGAGAAAGGCUAUUGAGAAGGUAGUUGUCUUGUUAUACUUUGGAGUCUCUUUACCAGAGAUUUUGGUGUAUUUAGGAGUAUCUAGAGAGACGCAACCAUUAAUAGUGGGUAGACUCUUAAUGGUAAUGGACAAAAGAAUGGUGUCGAGUAUUACACAACUGGACAAAGAAAAGACGUGGUCGGACUAUUUUAGACGUGGAGUACAACACUUAGUAAAGGUUCCGGAGAGUCUUACGGAUUAUUACUCGAAUUCGGAUAACGUCAAAACAAUGUGUGAAUAUUAUGGACUUCGUUCGGAAUUGGACACCAUGAUCGAAGAGAAGGUGAAACAAGUUGAAGAGAAUGAGCGAUCAAGAAUCCCAUUGAGUCUCUUCUUCGGGUCACUUGGAGUGAAAAAAGAAACGAACGUGGUCGACAUGGAAAAGAUGCGGCGGUUGAACGAGAUGAAGAAGAAAAAGAACUUUGUCAAGAUCAACGUCGAGGAAAUCCGACUGGACAAGUUAUCGAAUUUGAUUUAUUGUCAACGUCGCAUUCGAUUAUUUGUGUCGUACUCCAAAUACAGUUUCAGACUCUUACAACUCAGUAGAAACCACUUUACAGAGUACGUCGACACGGAGAGGAGCUUCUGUAAUUGGAUGAAAUUGUUUAAAGAAGUCUUUAGAGACAAGUUUAUGGUUGAAGUGAAUGCGGGGCAUAUGGAGCAAAGUACCGUCGAUGGCAUCUUCUUGAACUUACUUGCAGUCAUAGAAAACUCGGAGAAAUUAGAACGUGAGUUGAGACCUUAUGUGACCAAAUUUAGGUGUGACACAUGCACGGGAAAGGCUAUUGAAGACACUGCGAAGUUUGUAGGCGCAUUAGUACCAUUUACUAAUGACUACCAACCCGCACUUGAGACAUUCAACUCAGUGAAAGAAACGCCAAUGGUUCAGUCCAUUUUAAUUCAAACAACGGACGGACAGAACACACAAAAUGCCGCGAAUCGAUCGCGAUGCCAAAGUGAAUUUGAAGCGUUCAAACAGCAAAUUGGGGAUGGUAAGAUGUCGUACAUCGAGCGGUUAAUGUACGAAUCCUUAGAAGCAAAAUUGAAAGCGUGUCCAAACGCAGCAAAAGAUUUCACUUCAUUACUUAUUAUGCCCGCACAGAGAUGUAUGCGAUACGGAACUAUGCUCGAACCAAUGGUCAAAGACAUGGGAAAGUUACAUCCCGACUACGCGCCAACCGUCUCCGCGUAUAAGUGCUUCAAGACCUUUGCAAAGUAUACCAAUGACAACGGCGCCAUGCGUUCCGCUUUGAUUAAUUUAGCAAAGACCUUCAAUUACACCAAAUUGGCGGUCUUAGGGCGGUAUCUUAGUAAACAAGAGGAAGGUGAAUAUGAGAAGGAGAAGCACGUCAUCUUUUUGCUGAAUGACUCAAUCGCCUUUGUCAAAGAGAAAGUGUACAUCCAGGCUAAAACAAAGAAGGACAAAACAAAGGUCAAACCACUCCAAUUCCAAAUUAAUCACCAGACAACAGUAAAGCGAAGUAUCGAUACUUUGAUGAUCAACAACGUCGUCGAAAUAUCAAACACUAAGAGUGGGAAGACUUCACUCGCUAUUAAACUGUCUUCCGUCGAAGUCGCUAAAACGUGGGAAGAAGAAAUUAACGUCAACGUCAGUCUUAGAUUCUUCGACUUGAACUACGAAAGUGCGUGGCUUGACCAAUACAAGAAGAAAUGA